CAAGAACUUAAUAAUAAAAGCUUCAAGCCCGCUUUUCAGGCGCGCAUAUCUUACCGACUACCAUCGUCAGUAUUCUCUUUCAGUCUUUCUCAAUUCUCACUACAUGAUUCAAAGUUCCGCCUGGAGCAUUCAAUAUAUCCAUCAUGCGCACUAAUUGAUAUUUAAUGGAAGAGCGUUAAAACUGGCUUCUGGAUUCAGUAAACUAAACCCAACCCAAGAUUUUAGAUUUGCAAUUCAAAGCUCAAUGUCUCAAUUCAAAAUUGAGUUAACCGUUUUGCGCUCUGCGUAGUUCGCUCCCAAUCGUCUGAGCUCGCCCUCCCUUUUGAUAUCACCAUGGAAGAGGAGAAUUGGGUUGAGCUUGUACAGAGAUACAGAAGAGACAGACGCGUGCUUCUGAAUUUCAUACUCUCCGGCAGCUUACUUAAGAAGGUGGUUAUGCCUCCAGGGGCAGUUUCUUUGGAUGAUGUGGAUCUUGAUCAGGUCAGCGUUGACUAUGUUCUUAAUUGCAUCAAGAAAGGAGGAAUGCUUGAACUUGCCGAAGCUAUUCGAGAUUAUCACGACAGUACAUUGUUCCCUAACAUGAACAAUGCAGGGUCCUCCAGUGAAUUCUUUUUUGCUACAAAUCCUGAAUUAUCAGGUUCGCCUCCGAGGAGGACGCCUCCAGCUGCCCCCAUUGUGACACCCCUACGGAUUCUACCAAAUCUUUCAACAGAAGAGCCCCUUGAUUCUGAGCCAGUUGAAGAACAAUCUGCCCUCUCAAAAACCCAAUCUCUUAAUUCCAGUCAUGCUCAGGAGUUAACUGUAGAUGACAUUGAGGAUUUUGAUGACGAUGAUGAUCUAGCUGAAAUUGAUAGCCGCAGAUAUUCUAGAAGAGUUCUAAAUGAUGCCACUGAUCUUAUGCCUGGUCUGGCUUCAUUUGCAACAGGUAUUGGUGAUCACGACCUUCGAGAAACUGCAUAUGAAGUUCUCCUGGCUGCUGCUGGAGCUUCAGGAGGUCUAAUUGUACCAUCGAGGGAGAAGAAAAAAGACAGAAAGUCUAAGCUGAUGCAGAAGCUUGGACGGAGUAAAAGCAAUCAUGGUGCGGUUAGGCCUCAGCAUUCUCAUGGAUUAGUUUCUCUUUUAGAGACCAUGCGUACUCAAAUGGAGAUUUCAGAGGCAAUGGAUAUUCGAACACGAGAAGGGCUUCUUAAUGCUAUGGUGGGCAAAGUGGGAAAAAGAAUGGAUACACUGCUGAUUCCACUGGAGUUGUUAUGCUGCAUUUCACGCACAGAUUUUUCUGACAAGAAGGCAUAUAUAAAGUGGCAGAAGAGACAGUUAAACAUGUUGGAGGAGGGGCUUGUCAAUCACCCUGCUGUCGGGUUUGGGGAAUCUGGCCGCAGAGCCAAUGAGUUAAGAGUUCUUCUUGCCAAAAUUGAGGAAUCCGAGUCUCUUCCAGCUCCUGCUGGUGAUCUUCAACGGUCUGAAUGUUUAAGAUCACUAAGAGAAGUUGCUAUAUCACUGGCAGAGCGGCCAGCUCGAGGUGACUUAACUGGUGAAGUAUGCCAUUGGGCUGAUGGCUAUCACCUGAAUGUCAAACUAUAUGAGAAACUACUUCUUAGUGUCUUCGAUGUCUUAGAUGAGGGAAAGCUCACUGAGGAAGUUGAAGAGAUUUUGGAACUUUUCAAGUCUACCUGGCGUGUUUUAGGCAUCACAGAGACAAUUCAUUACACUUGUUAUGCAUGGGUGCUUUGCCGUCAGUAUGUCGUUACUGGCGAACAAGGAAUUCUGCUGCAUGCCAUUGAGCAGUUAAAGAAAAUACCAUUGAAGGAACAGCGAGGACCACAGGAGAGAUUGCACUUGAAGAGCUUGCAAUGCAGAAUUGAAUGUGACAAGGGAUAUCAAGAACUAUCUUUCUUACAGUCUUUCUUACUGCCUAUUAAAAAAUGGGCUGAUAAGCAGUUGGAAGACUACCAUCUUCACUAUGCUGAGAGUUCAGCAAUGAUGGAAACCACUUUGGUAGUGUCAAUGCUUGCUCGAAGACUUCUUUUAGAAGAACCUGAAUUGGCAAUGCAGGAUAUACACAAGACUGAUUCGGAGCAGAUAGAGUUUUACAUUUCCUCUUCAACAAAAUAUGCUUUUGCAAGGAUGCUGCAAGAUGUGGAGACAAUGUCAGAUGCAGCACAUGAGCAUCCCUUGGCAUUGCUUGCAGAACAGACAAAGAAACUUUUGCAGAAAGAUAAAACCAUUUACAUGCCUAUUUUAAAACAGAGGCACCACAAUGCAGCUGCUGUUUCAGCAUCUCUACUUCACAGACUAUAUGGCAUUAAGCUGAAGCCAUUUGUUGAUAGUGCCGAGCAACUUAGUGAAGACAUUGUAGCUGUAUUUCCUGCUGCCGACAAUCUUGAGCAGUACAUCAUGGAAAUAAUCAUUCAGACCUGUGAAGAGAGGGCUGCAGACCUAUACUGCAGAAAACUGAAUUUGUACAAGAUUGAAAUUGCUUCAAGUACUCUGGUUCUUAGAUGGGUAAAUUCACAACUUGGAAGGAUCUUAGGUUGGGUUGAGCGGGCUGCUCACCAAGAGAACUGGAUGCCAGUGUCACCACAACAAAGAUAUGGAAGCUCGAUAAUUGAAGUCUACAGGAUAGUUGAAGAGACAGUUGAUCAGUUGUUUGCGCUUAGAUUGCCAAUGAGAUUAGAGGAACUAAAUAGCCUCUUCAGAGGAAUUGACAAUGCAUUUCAAUUGUAUGCAAAAAAUGUUGUUGAAAAGCUUGCCAAUAAGGAAGAUAUUAUUCCACCGGUUCCUAUUCUUACAAGAUACUCUAGGGAACAUGGAAUUAAGGCUUUUGUAAAGAAGGAAUUAAGGGAUACAAAGUUGCCUGACAGCAGAAAGUCCAGUGACAUCAAUGUUCCGUCAACCUCAAAACUCUGCAUCCAAUUGAAUACACUUCAUUAUGCAAUUAGCCAACUGACUACAUUAGAAGAUAGCAUUUGGGAGCGCUGGUCAGGGAGAAAACAACAUGAUAAGAUUACAACGAAAUCUACAGAUGUUGGUACAAAGAGUUCACUGCAGAAGAGUACAUUUGAUGGCAGUAGAAAAGAUAUCAAUGCAGCCAUUGACCAAAUCUGUGAGUUUACGGGAACUAAAAUUAUUUUCUGGGAUUUAAGAGAAUCAUUCAUUGACAAUCUAUACAAGCCCACAGUAACUCAAUCUAGGUUUGAAGUGCUGAUGGACCCACUUGACACAGUUUUGAAUGAACUAUGUGACGUUAUAAUGGAGGCACUAAGAGAUCGGGUUGUAACCGGCCUCCUUCAAGCUUCAUUGGAUGGCUUACUGAGGGUCAUAUUAGAUGGAGGUCCAUCACGCAUAUUGCAUCCCGGUGAUGCUAAACUAUUGGAAGAGGAUUUAGAGGUCUUGAAGGAAUUUUUCAUCUCGGGAGGUGAUGGCCUUCCUCGAGGAGUUGUUGAGAACCACGUGGCACAUGUUCGGCAAGUGAUAAAAUUACACGCUUAUGAGACUAGGGAACUGAUAGAGGACUUGAAAUUUGCAAGUGAGGUAGAAAUGCAGGGUGGCAGGAGCAAACUUGGUGCAGAUACAAAGACCUUACUUAGGAUUUUGUGUCACAGAGGUGAUUCCGAGGCCUCUCAAUUUGUGAAGAAACAGUUCAAAAUACCUAAAUCUACAUCUUAGUCUCGUACUAAUUUGCUUGCUGUAUAGAAGAUGCUAUUGUAGCCUUUUUUUCAGUGAAAGUUAACAACAGCAUUUGAAGUACAUUAAAUGUCCUAGACGCUUAGUUUUGCUAGGUAUCUGAAACACUGCUUCAGGCCUUCAGGGGACCCAUAUUCAUUUGUUGAGCUUAUUUUUGGUUAUCCUCUUGUACAAAGACAAGGAAAUUGAGAAUGAUGAUGCGCAUGGGUGUAUUGUAAAUUGAUUUAGUGACAUCUUAAUAGAAGUUUAUGGGUUUUAUAAGCCUAGAUCACUAGAUGUAUCCAAUACAUACUUUUUAAUUUUUAUAAUCAAUAAAAUAUUAGGUGUUUGAUUUUUU